GCCAGUCAACAGGUUUGGAUUUGAGAUGCGUCUGUCUGUCAUCGUACUGAUCGUGUUCUCUGGAGCUGUUGAUGCUUCUGCAGCAAGCUCCUUCCAUGACGUCCACUACAUCUACGGGUGCUAUGAACACGGCGAGGUACGGGUGGAUGUGGUUGUCGAUGACGACGUGGCAGCGUACGCCGAUUUCAGCAAGGAUGAAGUGGUGUUUGCGUUACCUCACGUGCCGCAGUCUGUUCCAGACUUGCAGAAAAGGGCUUAUGAGUUAGCCAAAGCUAGCAUUGCUCACUGUCACAGUGUUUUAGGUAAAGCAAGAAAAGCAGAUCCUGGAGCUCCCAUUCGGCAAGAGGCUCCAGACCUCUCCAUGUAUACCCGAUAUGAGGGGGAGGAUGGUGUGGUGAACACUCUCUUCUGUUUGGCCAGUCACUUCUACCCCCCCUCCAUCAACUUCACAUUGACCAAGAAUGGGGUGGAGGUCACAGAAGGGGUAUCCAACCUGCGGUACCGCCACAACAGUGACGGGACCUUCCACAGAAUUUCAACACUGAGUUUUACCCCUCGGGAGGGAGACGUUCACUCGUGUUCGGUGGAGCACCAAGCCUUAGAUCGGCCUCUCGCCAGGAGCUGGGAGCUGAAGGAGAGGCCGAGCAGUGUGAGUCCUGGAUCGGUAUUCUUCGGUGUGAGCCUUGUUUUGUGUCUGAUGGGAGUCGGGGCCGGAGUCGUCUUCUUCACCAAGCAGCCAAAUUAGUGCCCUCACUUUCGGGAUUUUAACUAAAGCAGUUACACCAGCAUUCAACUAAGCACUUACAUGUUUUAAUGAAUGGUUGACCUUUACGUACAGUAUACGCGCACCACAUUUGGACAAACUCUGCUGUGCGAUUGGAAUAGCCUACCACAUGUAAUAAGUGAUUGCCCUACAUAUUCCACUAGCGUAGGGUACCGAAACCUGGUUCCACUUAAUGUGUCGACUGAAGUAUUUUCCCUCUGUCGCUCUAGUCUACCGUUAGCUAGCUACCCUAAA